GGGAUUUCAAACUGAGCACAUGGAACUGCUGAAUCAUCAACCACGGUAAAUCUCAACAGCCAUCUGCCUGCACUGGCCUUCCAUCUUGAGAAUCGAGGCUCGAUCUGCGGCCGAACCCUUUUCGCUCCGUACCCGGAACUCCUCAUUCCUCCACUUCAUUAUUAGACGAGUUGCUUGAAUCUAUCCCAUCGCCGUCGUGGAUGCUACCUGCUGCCACUGCCGUUAUCGUCCCUCAAAUUUGAUGCUGCAACAUGACAUGAGCAACCCGACGUCACCGACGUAGCAGGGUCAAGAUGGACGACAUCCUGGGGGAAGAUCUCCCACUUCCACCCGCCAGACUCUACGAACGUCUUUCGCAGGUGCCCAACUACACCUGGGAUCGUUCGUUCCGACCAUUCCAUACGAGCUACGACCACUGGCAUGUCUACGGUAUCCUCCAUAAUCCCGACGUCGGUAAUCAUCGGUCGUCCUUGAGUACCCUGACCAGCCUGUCCGCUCCGUCCGGUUCUAGCAAAAGUUCUCCCAAACUUGAUACCCACCGUCCCUCCCUACGGCACCAUCACUGGAGUAGCAUGAGUGGUGCCUCCACAGACAGCGAAAAUACAUCGUCAAGAGAUGAACCAGAAGCGACAUGGCAGCCUGUCGUUGCCCGCAUCAGUACACACGUGGUGCGCCUGGAGCGGGAAUUUCAGUACAACCAGUGGAUCAUGAAAGAGUGCGAUCCUGACUGUUUGCAUACUAUCCGACCUAUCGAGAUUUUCAAGUUGCCCACCACACCGGGCGAUGAACAACCCAUGAUAUGCUGCGUCUAUGAGGCUCCUGGAAAGAACUAUCUGCGCGAAGUAAUCGACUUUGGGCCAGCCUUUUAUGGAAUACAUGACGUUCGGCAGAAUAGUGAUGGAUCCCCGGGUGAACGUAUCCCGCUUCAAGCAUUCCUUGACUUCGCCAUAGGUGCGUCUGAGGCGCUCGAACUACUACACCACGGAGCUAAAAUUGUGCACGGUGAAAUCCGUGGUGACAGCUUCCACUGGAAUCGUGAGACCGGCUCUGUCAAGAUCGCCAACGGCGGGAACGGUCCGCGUGCCUUCGAAAACAUUCUGUCGAGUGAAGGAUGGGCUACGCUGAGCAGAGAAAUCGGGGUGAAGAACAAAUUGCAAUUUAUCGCUCCUGAACAGACUGGACGCCUUCCUGCGGAUCCUGACAGUCGGACCGACAUUUACGGGUUGGGGGUUCUAUUCUGGAUCCUUCUCACUGGCCAACCUGCAUUCGACGCAGAUACACCCAUCGACAUCAUUCAAAAAGUUCUAACACACCGUUUGCCCCUGGUCACAGCCAUCCGCAUGGACAUUCCAGACGUUAUUUCUCACAUCAUUGCCAGAAUGACCCAGAAACAGAUGGACGAGCGAUAUCACUCUGUUAGUGGAUUGAAGUACGAUCUAUUGCAAAUUCAAAAAUUCUUGGGCGAGGGUGAUCUGGGAAAGAUCAGAAAUUACAAGGUUGGCCAGCGAGAUGUAUCUUCUUUCUUCAUCCUCCCCUCGAAACAAUUCGGGCGCCACUCAGAGAUCGAAAGGAUCAACAAGAUAAUUGAGAAAGCUCACAAGCGCCACAGCUCUACGGGGACGCGCCAUUCACCGUCCCAACAGGGGCUCCUGAACGCUGCCUCUAAUUCUUCGAUUUCGGACAGUCGAGCAGAUGUAGUGGAGCCGGGCGAAGGGUCCGAUUCCUCCAGCUCUUUCGGCUUCAGAGAGUCUCGGAGCAACUCUACCACUAUUGGACUGGAUGGACCGUCAUUCACGCCUGCCUUCGGUUCCAAGACCAAUCUCCUCGGGAAACGUGCUCCAGGGCCGCGUGGUGGCCUUUUGGACUCGGUCUCCGAUCGUGACAGCAAUCUCUCUGGUGGCGUUCAGUCGACGCCAGAAGGUCUACCUGGAAUGAUGACGAGACGGAGGAAUAGCCACAAAUACAAGAGGCGAACUAAGACCGAGGUGAUCACGAUACUGGGACCGACGGGAGUGGGAAAGACUGCGCUCAUCAAAGCUAUCCAACCCUCGAUUCGCCGUCACGGUUAUUUUGCUCUGGGAAGAUUCGACCGAGCUCGCCCGUCACCCUUCGAGCCAAUGAUCAAGGUCAUGGCAAGCCUUUUCAGGCAGAUAUUCUCAGAGAAGGACGUAAAUACCCCAUACCAUGAACAUCUUCGAGCACAUGUUACCCCUUUCUGGCCUGUCUUGAGUUCAAUGCUGGACUUGCCCGCCACUCUUCUCGAUGUCACAGUGCUUUCGAAAAAGCUCUUGACCAAAGGCGAUGCUACCACGCAGAGCUUUAAUACUGAGAUCACGACUGUUGACAAUGGCAACAAGACAGCGAAUGGAUUGACGAAUCAUGGUGCUUGGGAUGCCAACGAUUUUCUCCGAGGCCCGGCAAACACCAAGUCGAUACGGCUUAUCAACACGUAUAUGGAUGUCUUGCGCACUAUUUGUACAGGCAAGCUGAUUUGUCUGUGCUUGGACGAUUUGCAGGCGGCCGAAGGAGAAUCGAUAGAUCUGCUGAUGCAUAUCAUCAAAGCCAAGGUCCCUGUCGUCUUGUUGCUGUCAAGCCGGACCGAGGAUGGACAAAUUCCGGAGUGCACAGCGAAGAUCCUGGAUCUCGAUUCAACCAACAAGAUUGAGCUCGGUAAUCUUCGAGAAAAGCAUGUAUUCGAGUACGUUGCCGCCACCAUGUCUCAGAGUGUGGAGAACGUUAUACCUCUUGCUGCGGUUGUGUACGCCAAAUCCGAGGGCAACCCCUUCUUGGUCAAGGAUAUCCUCCAGGCCUGUUAUCAGCGUGAGUGUCUCUGGUACGACUGGAAAGCGUCAGGCUGGCAGUUUGAUCUGGAUAAGAUCUUUGAUGAGUUCAGCUCUGACGGAAGCUGUUCUGACAACGAGUAUUUGUCAAGACGUCUUCAGGAACUAGCGCCCGCCGCAAGGUCCAUCCUAGCGUGGGCGUCAUUGAUCGGAAGCACUUUCUCUUUCAAGUUGAUUCAACAGAUCAUGUCGGGAGACUAUUUUUACAGCAGCGGUAGGGACCAGGCACACGAUGCAACAUGUCCCAAACGUGCAAAAUUGUUCAACCUGUCUGAGUCGGACUGCGUGAAUGGACUUCAGCAGUUGGUCAAUAUGUACAUCAUUACUCCAGGACAAACUGACGACGAAUUCCGGUGGACCCACGCACGGUACUUGAAGGCGGCAAAUGAGAUGCGCGAGUGUCAAAAUACGACGAAGAUGCACUUCAUUAUUGCCCAGACCAUGAUGACAUAUCUCAGCCAAUGCAAGUAUAACCUGUAUCCUUUGGCACGUCACAUUUGUCUCUCUGCAGACAUCAUCAAAGAGAGAGUUCCCACCCGCAUGCGUUAUCGAGAUGUGUUGUGGCGAGGAGCCCAAAAAGCAUUGGAGACCGGGGCACAGCCGACGGGUUUGUGGUAUUACAAGAAUGCGCUCAAACUGCUUCAAGACGACAAAUGGAACAGCGAUAAUCCUGACGUCUUCUAUGACGAAACUCUGCAACUACACGUUAACAGCGCCGAAAUCAUGUAUUUGCAGCGUGAAGUGGAAGAGGCGUUGGCCCUUCUGGAAGAGACUUUCGAACAUGCACGUUGUUCGGCCGACAAAACGAGAUCGUAUAUCCUAAAAGGGCGAAUUUUAUCCUUCAAGGGUCAAUUCCUGCCCGCUUUUGAUGCGCAACGACAAUGCUUAGCAGAGCUUGGCCUGCCAAUGCCGGAAAAGAGCUGGGAGGAAUGUGAUAUUGAAUUCAAGAGGCUGGAAUUCCGACUACGGGAGCUCAACAAGGAGGAGCUUUUGUCCAGACCCCUGAGUGAGGACAAAACUGUGAUUGCCCUCGGCACUGUCUUGAGCGAGGCUUUGGGGGCACUCUAUUGGUCUGAUGCUUUGCGUUGGUACCAAUUGAAUCUUGCUUACAUCACCGCCGUCCUUGAUCGCGGUACAUUCGUGCAGGCUGGGUUGGGGUUCACGAUGUUGGGCGCCGCCGCCAUCGGUCGGUUCAAAGACAUUGAGCUGGGUUUGUUCUACGGCGAAAUCGCCCAAGACUACUUCACGCUCUUUGAUGACCCCUGGACUCGGGGCAGAGGGUGGACUCUGUUCACGCUUUUUAUCGGCCAUUUCCAGACUCCGGUCCGGAACCUCCUUCCCAUCCUCGAUAACGCUCUGGAAUAUUCGUUGUCUUCCGGGGACCGAUUCGUCAGCAUUCUCAAUAUUGGUGUGAUGGCUCUAUCGAGGUUCUGGGCAGGGCAGGACCUUUCAGAAGUGGAGGCAUUCUGCAAUUAUGGCCCAGAAGAGUUCGAUAGCUGGGAGAACGACCGUCGAGGUGGGACCCUCCUCACUGUGACUAGGCAAGUGUCCCGGGCUUUGCAAGGCAAGACCGGCAUUCACGACGUAAAUACCGUCCUCAACGAUGAGCAUCACGACAGUCAGAGAUGGUUGGCCGAGUGCGAUAAGUAUGCCGCUAAUGCCCGACGACCUCGAGAUAUCUAUCAGGCAGUAUCGUUGCUGGCGUAUCAUAUUCUCGGAUAUCACGAAUAUGUGGUCGAGAUAGGGUCGGAAUUGCUAGGCACGACUCUUGAUGAAUUGUGGUCGAACAGACCUGCAUGCGGCGCACGAUUCGCUCUGGGAUUAUCUCUCAUGACAAUUGCUCGAGAGAAACCCGAGGAAGAGCGCAGUCCAUAUGUCGAAAAGGCGAAGAUCCUAAAGCGUGAUAUUGACCAGUGGGGCAAAGCAAAUGAUGUCAAUUAUUUUGCCUGGUCCCAUAUGCUGGAGGCCGCCAUUGCCGACGUCACGGGCAAGUACUCGGUGAUAAUCUCCAAUUUGGAGGCCGCUGUCGACCACUGUCAAGUUCAUGGCUUUGCUUUGGAGGAGGCUCUUGCUAUCGAAAUGCAGGCAGAAUUUCUCCUCGCACGAGGAGCGAAGAGGGCCGGCAAGGUCAUGAUCCAAGAAGCUAUCACCGCGUGGAACAGAAUCAAUGCGUCUGGCAAGGCAAAGCAGCUCUCAGACAAGCAUGAAUGGCUGAUCAAAACUGCCACGACUUCAAGGACUAUGGAAGCUGCCACGCAGACAGAAGACCUACAUCUUCCAAUGUCUGAAGAGGCCCAGGCACAGAUCAAACGCGAUUACACCAGCGCCUGGGUAUCGCCCAAAACAGCCAUCACAACUCAAGCACCGCCAGAUGUACCAGGCCUUGGUCUGGACAUUUUGGACCUUACAUCCAUCCUUGAAUUCUCACGAGUUAUCAGCUCUGAACUACAGAUCAACAAUCUCCUGUCCAAGAUGAUCUCGGUGAUCCUCGAAUCCGUGGGGGGCCAGGCCGAAUUUUGCGCCAUUGUCAUAGAUUCAGAGGACCAAGGGUGGUGUGUGGCGGCAAGUGCGGACCAUGAGACCGGUGUUAAAACGUAUCCAGACGGGAUCCCAUUCUCCGAGGUCGAUGAUCAAGCGGCUCAACAGAUCACCCACUACUUGCUUCGAACUAAGGAAACCGUAUUUGUUCAGAACGUACUCGAGGAUGACCGUUUCUCCAAUGUGGGCGAUGCAUACCUGGCGAGGAAUCCGCAUGGACGCUCCAUCAUUGCAAUUCCGAUCAUACAGGCGGACCACUUGAUGGGUGUGAUCCAUCUGGAAGGGCGACCGAAUGCGUUUACACAACGGAACAUGAUUGUGCUGAAUCUUCUCACCAACCAGGUGGCUAUCUCUCUUGGCAAUGCCCUCCUCUACCGGAAGGUUCGCAAGGUGAGCGCCUCGAAUGCUAGCAUGGUAGAAUCUCAGAAGCGUGCUCUUGUUGCUGCACGAGAGGCCGAGGCCAAAGCCAAGAAGGCGGAAGCUGAGGCCAUGCACAAUGUCAAAUUGAAAGAAGAAGCCGCCAAAGCAAAGUCAAUCUUUCUUGCCAAUGUCAGUCAUGAACUGCGGACCCCACUCAAUGGUGUCAUUGGAAUGUCAGAGCUGUUGAAAGGCACGCCUUUGAGCAAGGACCAAGAACAAUAUGCGGACAGCAUCCGCGUCUGUGCUGACACAUUGCUAACUGUCAUCAACGACAUUCUGGAUUUCUCAAAGCUCGAAGCAGGCAAGAUGCAGAUGUUCGCAGUCCCCUUGAACUUGAAAGAGACCAUCACAGAAGUAGUGAGAGCGCUGGCCUAUACCAACCAGGAGCACGGCCUACAAACCAUCGAAGACCUUCAGAUUGACGAUGGCCUGGUGCUCGGGGAUCCUGUCCGACUUCACCAGAUUUUCAUGAACCUGCUGAGCAACGCUUACAAGUUCACGCCUAAGGGGUCGGUCACCGUCCGGGCGCGGAAGAAUGCGGAAACCCGAGAUAGGGUGAAGAUUACAUGCUCCGUGGCGGAUACAGGUAUUGGCAUCACCAAGGAGCAACUCGCACGACUCUUCCAACCGUUCUCGCAGGCCGACUCGUCCACGGCCCGGUCGUAUGGUGGCAGUGGUCUGGGUCUAAGCAUUUGCAAAGCCAUGAUCGAAAAUGUCCUUGGUGGUAAGAUUUGGAUCGAAUCAACACCUGGAGUAGGUACCACUGUGUCUUUUACCCUCAACUACCAAAAAGCACCCAAGGACAGCAGUGUGCAGAAUGACAUGAAAAUAGCAGCCAAGGAUCCCGAUCCUAUGGCCAAUUGGUCGCAGGCAGCCAGUCCUGAUACAGAACAGAAGAACGCCAGCUUUUGCGAUCUGACCAGGGUUCCUCGCGAGGAAUUGCGCGUUUGCAUCGCCGAAGACAAUCAGAUCAAUAGAAAGAUUGCCAUUUCCUUUGUCAAGAAGAUCGGCCUCAGUUGUGAGGCGUAUGAGGAUGGCAAGCAGGCAUACGAUGCACUCAAAGCCAAGAGCAAAGAAGGCAAGCCUUUCCACUUGGUACUUAUGGAUGUUCAGAUGCCUGUCUUGGAUGGCUAUGAGGCAACUAAGGCGAUCAGAGCCGACUCGGAUCCCAACGUCAGCCAAGUUCUCAUCAUCGCCAUGACGGCCUCGGCGAUCCGUGGUGACAGGGAGAAAUGUUUGGAAGCUGGUAUGAACGACUACCUUGCAAAACCUGUGCGGCAGACGGCAUUGAAAGCCAUGCUGGACGACUACCUCAACAACCCCAAGUUGGCUGCAACUAAUAAUUCACCCACUGUGGCUACCCCCAGUGAUAAGGCGAAUGGGCUCGUGGGAGAAGACGCUUCAAAGCCUACCAAAACAUUGGUGAAUGGAGACUUACCAUCUUCUACCGGAGAAAAGCCCAAAGCCAGACGACCGUUCGGAAGAGUGAUGAAAAAGGUUGAUACUAGCGUAGCGGAGGAGAAAGGAGAAUCCAAGACGACCGACAGUCGACCGAGUGGAAAGAGGGAAACUGAUGAAUUGGGAAAGGUCACCAAUGAGAAUGUUCUUCCGAAAGACCAAGUGCUGGUGGAGAUCUCUGCCGUUGACGGAAAUGGUGAACUCAACGGACCCAAGCGUGAAUCUGGAGACAGUGGGGAAACUUCUGUGUUGACUCAAAGUGCGCUACCUUUGAAUGGGCGUGCUCAGGAAGGUGAAUCAACUUGAACUACCGGUCACCUAGCCGGUAAGAUAUGGCGAGUCAAGUGAGGUGGUCCCGCCAUAUCAAGUUAUGACUGGAUGAAAUGGGCUGGUCUGUGGAGUUAAUGAAAAUCUCAUGGGAGCGGUUUGGCGUGCUCAUGGUGUACUGUGAAUACAGAUGGCUUUGGAGUCGAGUGGUGCUGGCUGGCGUCAAGUCAGGAUCCAGUUGCAGCAGUGCAGUGUGUAUGUUGUCCAUACACAAAGUCUUUUGCGCUUCAAGCCGCUGGAUUAGGGAUGGCAUACAAUAUUUUGCACAGAUUAUUGAGCAUCAAGAUGGUCUUCUGCACAUUCAAGCACAAAGACAUGCGUUAAGCAGUCGCCGUUCUCGUCUACUACUCUCGUACA